CUGUAAUUAAUUAAUUUCUUCUUUUGACCAUUUAAGACGUCAUUCAGCCGUUUGUCUUGAUUAUGAGUUUGGCACAGUUUAGCCUCAAUCGUGGUUAUGUGAGGCAUUUUAAACAGGCAUAUAACAAAAAUGUCUUUGAACUUAAAAUUGUCCUAACAUUUUAAGAGGGGAAAAACAUUAUGUUUCUUAGCUCUUGUAUGGCCAAGGUGUCAUACAAAUGACUCCUUAGAAUCAUAGAUGGAAGGACUUAUUUGAUCUUGUAUGUAAUGAGGUUUCUUCUACUAUCUCUCUGACAGGUAUUUCCUUAACCCCCAGCAUUUGUCGUCAGAUUCUCAGUUAUAAACAGUGCUCUACUUCUAUAGUGAUUUAACAGCCAAAGACAUUUGCUUUAUCAUUCCCCUCCAUCACAGCUUUGGGUAGCCUUUGGCAAUGAAUCUUUAUGAAUGACUGUGGAUCAGUGAAGAAAUCAAAGUCAUUCUAAACACUUGAAAUAAGCCAGCUGGAGCUUUCCUUCUACCAACAUUGUAGAUACUCAGUGUGGUGUAGAUUGCAGUUAGAUGACAAAGUUGGUCAUCCCUCUUUACAGUGUGUCUUUGGUGAUAACCUCUUUAUUAAUUUGAGGGAAAAUAUUCCUAUAAAUUAAUACUCAACAAGACACAGGACUAAGUUUAAUGAAAAACAUGUUUAAUGUUUGGCCCCUCUGAACAGGAGGCAUGAAAUAAAAAGUAAGCAUUGACUCUUUAAUUUGGGCAGUAUGAUCUUGGGAGAGACGCAUAUCUUACAUUUUUCAAAGCGUUUUGCGCUGAUCUUAGCAAAAGGCAAAGAAACUAAGUUGUUACUGUACCUGCGGACAGAUGCUAUGGACAUUUGUUCUGGAUGGAUGUGCUUUGCAGGAGAGGUGGCUUUUGGGUUCUGUCCAGUUUCAGUCUUUGCCCUGGCACUAAUGAGAGGCUCUAACAUUCAAAAUACUUGUUAACUCUGUGACUGGUAUAUAUGUAUCCUCUCUCCAGGUUUCUGUCUGUAUGUGAAAUAAGCCUUGUAGAGGAACUAGAGGCUCCUUGUCUCGUGCUUGCUGUGGCCUGGAUCCACAUUCUAGUGCUUUGCCACCUGCUUUCCUGGGAAAAAAUGGAAUUACUUUUGUGUGAUGUGUUGGAUAGGGAAUGUCAGUGUUGAGUGAAAAUCUUUCAGCGCUGUUGUCAAAUACCAGGUCUGGGGCUGAAAGAGAGAGGACUAGGCAUAUUUGAAGUUGGUUGACCUAACAGGCAGCAGCCAGAGAUUGCUUCAUUGUACCAAGGAUUCCUCUUGAAUAAGGAUGUGAGCAAGGGAUUAGAAGGGUGACCAGACCUCCUGGUUUGCCUGCAGCAGUUCCAGUUUCUUUCUAUUGACCUAUCUUAAUUAUCAAAAGUGCCUCCUUUCAACAUUUAAACAUGCCCUGGUUUGGAUGAUAAAGUAUAUGGUCACCCUAGGUAUUAAGAAAUCUUUACUAUUUUCUUCAUCACCCUUCUCCUGACGUUAUAUUUUGUGUCUUGUUUUAUUUCAGUUUUUCGUUUGUUAAAUGCAAAGAUAAAAAGAAUAAGAAAAAUUUAAAUAGGAAACAAGGAAAAUAGAAAUAGUAACGAAGAUGGAAGAAUAAUGUAAUUGAUUGCUUGUCAUCUAUUUCCACAUACAGGAAAUAAUAUAGUUUUAUCCUAAAGUGUGUCUAUUAUGGCUCUAAGCUGUGUCUUCAGGCGCAAUAUGCACAGUAAAAAUCAGCAUUUACCCUGGUGGCACAACGGUUAAACACUUGGCUGCUAACUGCAAGGUUGGCGGUUAGAACCCCCCAAGUGGCUCCUCGGGGGAAAGUCCUGGCGAUCUACUUCUGUAAAGAUUACAGCCUAGGGAACUCUGUGGGGCAGUUCUGCUCUGUCACAUGGGGUCACUAUGAGUCAGAUUGGCCCAACAGCACCCAACAACAUUAACCUAAGACUGACACAGAUUGGGACAACUCUUGUGAUUUGGGAGAGCAGCUUCCACAAAACGUGUCUGCAGGCCUGACUGAUGUGUGGCUCUUGCAGAUGUGAAUGCAAGUUUCAUAAUGUAUUAUUUGAUCUAGGUUUUGAAUACUCUGCGAGUCCAGAAUGCAAGCACUGUUGUGAAGACCUGGCUCCACAUUCUUCUAGUUUCCCAGCUCUCUGGGCCACAAGGAUAAAAGAAGGGCCUUUGUUUCCUGUGGUCUCUUCUGACUUCCGUCUUGGAUUUGGGCCUCAGCAUUUCAUACAGAGGGCUUACAGAGAAGGAGAACUUGGUGUGUUUGUUUAUUACGUGAAAAAUCCCACCAGGAUUUGAGAUUGUGUAGUUGACCUGGAGCUUGCCAGGCCAGAAGAUGCCUUUGCGGAAGUAUCCUGGAGUAAUUCAGCUUCAGUGACAUGUGCAUAACUUGACCUAUUGAAGAUGAUGAGCAUAUCAAGAGGCCAGUUUUUGCUUUGUAGGAAGCCAAUCUUAGAGAGGCAGACGGGAUGGCUAGCUCAGCUCGGGAGCAUCUGCUUUUUGUGCGGCGUCGAAAUCCCCAGAUGCGCUACACACUGAGCCCCGAGAACCUCCAGAGCCUUGCUGCCCAGAGCUCCAUGUCAGAGAACAUGACCCUCCAGCGGGCCAACAGCGACACAGACCUGGUGACUUCCGAGAGCCGCUCCAGCUUGACUGCCAGCAUGUACGAGUACACGCUGGGGCAAGCGCAGAACCUCAUCAUCUUCUGGGACAUUAAAGAGGAGGUGGACCCCAGUGACUGGAUUGGACUUUAUCAUAUAGAUGAGAAUUCUCCAGCCAACUUCUGGGAUUCUAAAAACAGGGGUGUGACUGGAACACAAAAAGGACAAAUUGUAUGGAGAAUUGAGCCUGGGCCGUAUUUUAUGGAACCGGAGAUAAAAAUCUGUUUUAAAUACUACCACGGAAUCAGUGGAGCCCUGCGAGCCACAACACCCUGCAUCACUGUGAAGAACCCUGCUGUGAUGAUGGGGGCGGAAGGCAUGGAAGGAGGUGCGUCAGGAAGCCAGCAUUCUCGGAAACUUGUUAGCUUUACACUCUCAGAUCUUAGGGCAGUUGGGCUAAAGAAAGGCAUGUUCUUCAAUCCUGACCCGUAUCUUAAGAUGUCCAUCCAGCCAGGUAAGAAGAGCAGUUUCCCCAUCUGUGCCCACCAUGGGCAGGAGAGAAGGUCUACUAUCAUCAGUAACACCACUAAUCCAAUUUGGCACCGAGAGAAAUAUUCCUUUUUUGCACUUCUAACUGAUGUCUUAGAAAUUGAAAUUAAAGACAAAUUUGCCAAGAGCCGUCCUAUCAUCAAGCGUUUUCUGGGGAAACUAACCAUCCCGGUCCAGAGACUAUUGGAGCGGCAGGCCAUCGGUGAUCAAAUGCUCAGCUACAACCUUGGCAGAAGGCUCCCAGCUGACCACGUGAGUGGGUACCUCCAGUUUAAAGUGGAGGUUACAUCUUCUGUUCAUGAAGAUGCUUCUCCAGAAGCUGUGGGCACAAUACUUGGAGUCAGUACUGUGAAUGGAGAUCUAGGAAGCCCUUCUGACGAUGAAGACAUGCCAGGGGGCCACCAUGAUAGCCCAGUGUGCUCCAAUGGACCAGUGUCUGAGGACAGUGCUGCUGAUGGGACCCCCAAACAUUCUCUCAGGACUAGCUCCACUCUAGAAAUAGACACAGAGGAAUUAAUCUCUACUUCUUCAAGGACCUCACCUCCCAGAGGACGUCAGGAUUCACUCAAUGAUUAUUUAGACGCUAUUGAACAUAAUGGCCAUUCCAGGCCAGGGGCAGCUACCUGCUCAGAGAGGUCCAUGGGAGCCUCUCCGAAAUUAAGGAGUAGUUUUCCCACUGACACAAGACUCAAUGCAAUGCUUCAUAUCGACUCAGAUGAAGAAGAUCACGAGUUUCAGCAAGACCUGGGUUAUCCAUCUUCCUUGGAGGAGGAAGGCGGAUUAAUAAUGUUUAGCAGGGCAUCAAGAGCUGAUGAUGAUGGGAGCCUGGCAUCUCAGACGAAGCUAGAAGACAACCCAUUUGAGAAUGAGGAAGCCGCCGCAAAUGAAGCCACUUCCUUUGAGGAUAAGCCAGAAAAUCUUCCAGAGCUUGCAGAAAGCUCCUUACCCUCAGGCCCAUCCCCAGAUGAAAACGAGAAUGGCCAAGAGUCUCAGCAAAGUGCUGACCGGGGCAGCGGUGAGUUGUGUGGCUCUCAAGAGAUGGAUCAGCCCACAAGUGGGGCAGACACGGGGACUUCCGAUACGUCAGGAGGAAGCCGAAGAGCUAUCAGUGAGACUGAGUCCCUUGAUCAGGGGUCCCAGGUGUCCUCUGAAACGGAACCCAGUGACCCUGCCAGGACAGAGAGCGUGAGUGAGGCCAGCACCAGGCCCGAGGGAGAGAGUGACCUGGAAGGCGCCGAUAGCUCUUGCAAUGAGAGCGUUACCACACAGCUGUCCUCGGUGGAGACGCGCUGCUCGUCUCUUGAGAGUGCACGGUUUCCCGAAACCCCUGCUUUUUCUUCUCAGGAGGAGGAAGAUGGAGCCUGUGCAGCAGAGCCCACCGGCAGUGGCCCUGCCGAAGGGUCACAGGAUUCCAUCUGCACUCCCAGUUCUUUACCUGUGGUGCAGGUGUCCAGUGGGGAGGAGGAAGGGCCAGAAUCAGCCACUUUGCCUGACCAAGAGGAGAUGGGGGAGGUCUGGCAGCGGAGGGGGAGCCUGGAGGGAGCUGCUGCUGCUGCUGCUGAGAACCAGCCCCAAGAAGAGGGUGAUGCUGGGGAUGCCCAAGGCACUUGUGAAGGGGCCACUGCCCAGGAGGAGGGUGCAACGGGAGGUUCCCAAGCCAACAGCCACCAGCCAUUGAGAUCACUACCUUCAGUGCGCCAGGACGUGAGCCGGUACCAGAGGGUGGACGAGGCUCUCCCACCAAACUGGGAGGCACGCAUUGACAGCCAUGGUAGGAUCUUUUACGUGGAUCAUGUAAAUAGAACGACUACGUGGCAGCGGCCGACAGCUCCCCCGGCACCACAGAUGCUUCAGAGAUCAAACUCCAUCCAGCAAAUGGAGCAGUUGAACCGGCGAUAUCAGAGUAUCCGCAGAACCAUGACUAAUGAGAGGGCUGAGGAAAAUACCAGUGCUCUUGAUGGGACAGGGGAGGAAGCCGACUUUCACCAAGCCAGUGCAGAUUUCCGACGGGAGAACGUUCUGCCCCAUUCUACCUCCAGAUCCAGGCUCACACUGCUGUUACAGUCUCCCCCUGUGAAGUUCCUCAUCAGCCCAGAAUUCUUCACCGUGCUGCAUUCUAACCCUAGUGCCUACCGCAUGUUUACAAACAACACGUGUUUGAAGCACAUGAUCACCAAAGUCCGGCGGGACACCCACCACUUUGAACGUUACCAGCAUAACCGGGACCUUGUGGGAUUCCUCAACAUGUUUGCGAACAAACAGCUGGAGCUGCCGAGGGGCUGGGAAAUGAAACAUGAUCAUCAGGGCAAGGCAUUUUUUGUCGACCACAAUUCCCGUACCACUACUUUCAUCGAUCCUCGGCUCCCACUUCAAAGCAGUAGACCCACAAGUGCGUUGGUUCAUCGACAGCACUUGACCAGGCAGCGCAGUCAUAGUGCGGGUGAGGUAGGAGAAGAUUCCCGACAUUCAGGACCGCCAGUUCUUCCCAGGCCAUCCAGUACAUUCAAUGCAGUCAGUAGGCCACAGUACCAGGACAUGGUUCCAGUGGCUUACAAUGACAAGAUUGUUGCAUUUCUGCGUCAACCCAAUAUCUUUGAAAUUCUACAAGAGCGUCAACCUGAUCUUACCAGGAAUCACUCACUCAGGGAGAAGAUUCAGUUUAUCCGAACUGAAGGAACCCCAGGAUUGGUGCGUCUUUCAAGUGAUGCAGACCUUGUUAUGUUGCUGAGUUUAUUUGAAGAAGAGAUAAUGUCAUAUGUGCCUCCACAUGCCUUACUCCACCCCAGCUACUGUCAGUCCCCACGUGGCUCCCCUGUGUCCUCUCCUCAGAACUCGCCAGGUACUCAGCGUGCCAAUGCCCGGGCUCCAGCCCCUUACAAGCGAGAUUUUGAAGCCAAACUAAGGAAUUUUUACAGGAAGUUAGAGACUAAAGGAUAUGGACAAGGCCCAGGAAAAUUAAAGUUAAUUAUCAGAAGAGAUCACUUACUAGAAGAUGCUUUUAAUCAGAUUAUGGGCUACUCCAGAAAAGAUCUGCAGAGAAAUAAGCUAUAUGUCACAUUUGUUGGAGAGGAAGGGCUGGAUUACAGUGGACCGUCUAGAGAGUUUUUCUUCCUGGUAUCCAGAGAACUCUUUAACCCAUAUUAUGGCUUAUUUGAAUAUUCAGCCAAUGACACAUACACAGUACAGAUAAGUCCCAUGUCUGCUUUUGUAGACAAUCACCAUGAAUGGUUUCGGUUCAGUGGUCGCAUCCUUGGUCUUGCACUAAUUCACCAGUAUUUGUUGGAUGCCUUCUUCACACGGCCAUUUUAUAAGGCUCUUCUCAGAAUUCUCUGUGACCUGAGUGAUCUAGAAUAUCUUGAUGAAGAGUUCCACCAGAGCCUGCAGUGGAUGAAAGAUAACGAUAUCCAUGACAUCCUGGACCUCACGUUCACUGUGAACGAAGAAGUUUUUGGGCAGAUUACCGAACGAGAAUUGAAGCCAGGGGGUGCCAAUAUCCCAGUCACAGAGAAGAACAAGAAGGAAUACAUCGAGAGGAUGGUGAAAUGGAGGAUUGAGAGGGGUGUUGUACAACAAACAGAGAGCUUAGUGCGUGGCUUCUAUGAGGUGGUGGAUGCCAGGCUGGUAUCUGUUUUUGAUGCGAGAGAACUGGAACUGGUCAUUGCAGGCACAGCUGAAAUAGACUUAAGUGACUGGAGAAACAACACAGAAUAUAGAGGAGGAUACCAUGACAAUCAUAUUGUAAUUCGGUGGUUCUGGGCUGCAGUGGAAAGAUUCAACAAUGAACAACGACUAAGGUUAUUACAGUUUGUCACAGGCACGUCUAGCAUUCCCUAUGAAGGAUUUGCUUCUCUCCGAGGGAGUAACGGCCCAAGAAGGUUCUGUGUGGAGAAAUGGGGGAAAAUCACCGCUCUUCCCAGGGCUCAUACUUGUUUUAACCGUCUGGAUCUGCCCCCAUACCCGUCCUUCUCCAUGCUUUAUGAAAAACUCUUAACAGCAGUUGAAGAGACAAGUACCUUUGGACUUGAGUGACCUGGAAGCACGAUACUCAGCUGUUCGUGGACAGCAGUUUCAGAAGCUGCCCUCUGAAAGAAUGACUGACCAUUGAAAGUUUCAAGAUUAUAUUAAAACAGACUGCUGUUAUUUUCCAGAAACACGUGCUUUGUCACUUUUGAGGACAGGAUAGUGGUUUUGAGUCCUCUUAGAGGAAUUUGGAUGAGCUUGAUACCCAGAGAACAACUCAACAGUCUUUCAGUCAGCAAUUCUUGACUGCCAAACUUUUUCCAUUUGUUAUAUUCCAAGACAAAGAGGAACCUGUACAUGAUCAGCUCCAUGGUAAUUUUUCAGGACUCAGGAGAAUCUUGAAACUUACCCUUGAACAUGGUUCAAGCCAAACUGACAGUACUUGGCCCAAUCUCCAAAUUAGUGCAAGUUAAAUAAUAUAAUAAAACAAAUAUAUUUCCUGAAAAUACAUUCAUUUAAACCCUAAAUUAUAAGAGAAUAUUCAUUUCUUGCUUAUGAGUGCCUGCAUGGCGUGCACCAUAGGUUUCAGCUUUCAUGGGAAACAAGUGAAAAUGAAACCAGGUCAACAUGAGGUAACUUUAAAGAUUUGCAAUAAGGUAGUCUGUGACAAUUGAUAUGCAAGUGGUAUGUGUGUAAUUAUGGCUAAAGACAAACUGUUAUACAAUGAAUUACUAAUGACAGAGUCUAUGCUUUAUAAUGCAUGAAAACUGUUUUAAAUAACUAACAAUCACAACAUAUCAGGAAAAAGUACACAGUGAGUUGUUUAUUUUUUAUAGCUUCAUUAUAUUUAUGUUCUUUAAGAUAUAUAUAAGAACCUAUACUGUCAUACUGUAUGUAUCACCUGUUCCAUUUUCAUGUUCCAUGCUUACUUGGGCAUCAUGCUAGUGUAUAUCCUUUUAAGCACUCUCAAGGAAAAAAGAAAUGACCUUUUAUUUUUGUAAAGGUAAAAAAAAAAAUUUCCCCAAAAUAUUUUGCACUGAAUGUACCAAAGUUGAAAGGACAUUACAAUGUGACUAACAGCAACUUCAUCACUUGACAAACAUAAUAGAAAAUAGCUUCUAAAUCAGACGUCUUUCACAGUGCCAUGUCUACCACUACAAGGACUGUGCAUACAAGUAAUAAUUUUUUUUAAGACUCACUAUAUGUGAUAGUAUAAUAUGCAUUUAUUUAAAAUGCAUUAGACUCUCUUCCAUCCAUCAAAUACUUUACAGGAUGGCAUUUAAUACCGAUAUUUCGUAUUUCCCCCACUGCUUUUUAUUUGUACAGCAUCAUUAAACACAGAACUCAGUUAGAGAGCCAUCAGCAACACUGAAGACAUCAGCUCUCUUUAGUAAUAAGAAUUCCAUUUUUCCUCAUCAGUAAAGACAUUACAAAUUGAAACUCUCAGUACUAUAUUUCUAAGCUUGCAUUUUCACUGAUGCAUAAUUUUCUUAUCAGUAUUGAGAAACAAUUUUCUAUGGUAUCUCAGAAACUGCAUGGCAUUACUAAUUUUAUUUCUGCUUAAUUUUACCAGGGGGUGUCCUUCAUCUUAAUUGCUUCUGGGUUUACUCCAUAUCAUUGUUCAUUUCUUGACUUAAGGCCGGAAUGCAUCAGAUGUUCAAUAGAGUGAGGUUAAAUUUUGGGUAAUAAAAAUAUUGUAUUAAUGUUUGGUUCAUCAGCCUAUGGUUUUACAGGCAUUGUCUGAACAUUUAUUUGAGAAUUAUGUCUGUAAGUAGCCAUGGAAUUCCUAUUAUGGUAUGUUGGCAGUCUUAACAUCUUAUAGAGGUCAUAUGCAUGAUUUGCAUAGGUGGUUUGUAAGAACUGAUGGCUCUCCAGUUGGCUAAGCUGUGUUUACCAUGUGAGCCUCAAGACGGAUACCACUCGUGUUACAUUCCUGCAUUAAAGGCAGGUACUGCAGUGUGGGAAAAUGGUCUCGAAAAAAGAGGAUACAGAAACUUGGAAGUAAGAAAGGAAGGCCUGUGUACCAUAAUUGGACCAAAAAAAAGGGAAGACAAAAAAAUUUUAACUGGAAUGUAAGUUUGUAUUUAUUGAUCACGAAUAUAAGUAUAUAUUUAAUUUUGCAAA